CUUAUGUAAUAAUAACAAGAGGGUUUAUGCCUAUAAAUUUGGACUUCUCCUUCGAUUUGCAGAUAGCUUAGAAUUUUUGUGGAUAAUAUUGAUGUCUAGAUAGUAAAGUAGUAUGCCAGCAUAGUUAAUAUCGUGAAAAACAAGAGUUACAAAAGUGAGUGGAACAUUGAUAGUUAUGUGGUCACUGCAGAGAAUGCUGCGCCAGCCGCUGUCCCGGGCGCUUGCGCUAUCUCCCAGUCGCCUGGCACCGCUGACGGCACGCAAGUUUGCCGACCAGGUCCAAGCUCAGCCUGAUAAUGUGGAGCUGUUCAUUGAUGACAAACCUGUGUCAGUGCCACCUGGUACCACUGUGUUGCAGGCAGCAGCACAAAUAGGGGUUGAGAUCCCUCGCUUCUGCUAUCAUGAGAGAUUAGCAGUAGCAGGAAACUGUCGCAUGUGCUUGGUUGAAGUUGAGAAGUCACCUAAGCCUAUCGCAGCCUGUGCCAUGCCCGUUAUGAAGGGAAUGAGGGUGAAAACUAACUCUGAUCUCACUAGGAAAGCCAGGGAAGGUGUUAUGGAGUUUCUUUUGGUCAAUCACCCCUUGGAUUGCCCUAUUUGUGACCAGGGAGGGGAGUGUGACUUGCAAGAUCAAUCAAUGGCGUUUGGUUCCGAUAAAAGUAGAUUUACUGAUAUUCACUUUUCAGGAAAACGGGCUGUAGAAGACAAAGAUGUGGGUCCAUUGAUAAAAACUAUUAUGACGCGAUGCAUUCACUGCACACGAUGCAUUCGUUUUGCGUCAGAGGUCGCUGGCGUUGACGACUUCGGUACCACUGGCAGAGGCACUGAUAUGCAGGUUGGCACUUAUGUGGAGAAAAUGUUCCUAUCUGAGUUAUCUGGCAACAUCAUCGAUUUGUGUCCAGUUGGUGCACUUACGUCCAAACCAUACAGUUUCGCUGCUCGACCUUGGGAGACUAGAAGGAUUGAUUCAGUAGACGUCCUUGACCCAUUGGGAAGUAAUAUUGUUGUCGCAACACGGACCAAUGAAGUGCUCCGUAUCUUGCCGAGGACUAAUGAAGAGAUCAACGAGGAGUGGUUAUCAGAUAAGUCUCGCUUCGCCUGCGAUGGGUUGAAGAGACAGCGACUGGUGACUCCGAUGAUAGCCGACAGUCGCGGUAACCUAACUCCUGUAGAAUGGGAGGAGGCGAUUGUAGCAGCCGCGAGGGCUUUGCGAGACUGCCCACCUAACAAGCUAUUGGCAGUAGCCGGAGAACUAGCGGACGCAGAAUCUCUGGUAGCACUCAAAGACCUCGUGAACCGACUCGGCUCAGAGAACGCUUGCACUGAACAGUACUUCCCGCUAGAAGGCGCCGGUACCGAUCUGCGCUCUUCUUAUGUAUUGAAUACGAAGAUUGCAAACGUGGAAGAUGCCGACUUCGUACUCCUCAUCGGCACGAACGUGCGCUUUGAGGCGCCUCUUCUGAACGCGCGUAUCCGCAAAGCAUUCAUACACAAGGAGACCGACAUAGCUUCGAUUGGACCUAAAGUUGACCUCACCUACGAAUAUAUUCAUGUAGGUGACUCUGCUUCCAUCGUCAAAGACUUCGCGACCGGUUCGUCUUCACACGAAGCUCUCAAGAGGCUUGAGAGCGCGAAACGUCCCGUUGUUAUCAUCGGAGCUGAUCAACUCAAGACGCCCGAAGGCCCAGCUUUACUGGCUUACACGCAGGAACUUGCCCUACGAUUACAGGACAAAUUGGCUGAUAAGGAAUGGAAGGUACUGAACGUACUGCAACGAACAGCGUCACAAGUGGCUGCGUUAGACAUCGGAUACACACCGGGCGUGGGCAAAUACCUGCAAGAUGGGCCCAAGGUAGUGUUUCUACUGGGAGCCGAUGCGGGAGUGGUUACGAGGGAGGCGCUACCUAAAGACUGCGUUGUUAUUUACCAAGGGCAUCAUGGAGACGCGGGAGCAGCGAUCGCUGACAUCGUGUUACCGGGUGCUGCAUACACGGAGAAGAGGGGCACUUUCGUUAACGCGGAGGGCAGAGCGCAACAGACGUUGCCCGCGGUCACUCCCCCGGGCAAGGCACGUGAAGACUGGAAGAUUAUCAGGGCGUUAUCAGAAGUAUGCGGGGAGAGAUUGCCGUACGACACUCUGGACGAUGUCCGUGAUCGGCUCGGCGAAGUGAGUCCAACGCUGGUGAGCUACGGUGAAGUGCAGAACAAUAACUACUUCGCGCAGGCGCGGGCGCUCGCACAGAGCCUUCAAAAGCCAGUGUCCGGUAAAUUGGACGUGCAGCUGAAAAAGCUUGAAGACUUCUUCAUGACCGACGCCAUCAGCCGCGCUUCACCAACUAUGGCCAAAUGCGUUCAAGCGGUCAUCAAACAAAAACAAUCGCCCUACUAGGUCAACUUCUAGAAAACAAUACACGAAUACAAAAACGUAUAAGAUUUCAAUACAAAUACUCGAUUUAUGAACACAAACAUUUUAACCAUCGAUUUUUUAUCAUAGCUACCUAAUAAACAGAUAUUUAUCGUCAGAAAUGGAUAUUGUAUCAAAUAAAAUAAAUGAAUUUUUCGUUUUAGUUGUUUAGGUAAACUUUUCAGAUUAAUCAUAUAUAACUGGAUACGCAAUUUCGAAAAGGGCACAUGUCAAUUUACAAUGUUCAAACUUAGUUUGAAAAACUAAUUAGCUUCUAAAUUAUUGUUACGUUAACAUGAUUUAUUUAUACUUAAGAGUUUGAAACAUCGUCGCAAGGUUGCCUGCCUUUCGGUAUUCUAUAGAAUAUAUUACGGAGAGUGUGUCCGAGAACUAUUUGAUCUAGUUCCCCCCUCGCCUUUUUACCAUCGACCGUAAGGAUCUGCAUCCAUACGUGGUCGAUAUACCGCGGACGCGUACGAAGCGCUUCGGAUCUUC